AUGACUGAUACCUCGAGACUUACCUGGGCAACUUCGCUCUUCUAUUUCGGUCAACUGGCUGGAUCCUAUCUUCUGACUUACGCCCUCCAACGAUUUGACUCGCGCUACGGCUUUGCCCAAGUCAAAGGCCCUCUGCAACCAUGGCAGUACAUAUAUAUUUUUGCCGGCGCGUUAACCUUCUUGUUCGGCAUUCUGUGCUUUUUCAUCCCCAACUCGCCUUCAAAUGCCUGGUUCCUGACUCUCGAAGAGAGGAUCGUUGCCGUGGAGAGACUAAGGAGCGGUCAAACUGGUAUUAAGCAAAACAAACUCAAGUUUUCCCAGAACAAGGAGGGACUGCUAGAUAUCAAUGUCAAUGGCUGCCGCAUACACCGUCAACGGCGCCGUGUCCGGCUUCGGUCCACUGAUCGUAUCAACCUUCGGCUACUCAUCCUCUUCCAGUUCCCGAUCGGUGGUGUCUCUGGUGUCGGGACAGUGCUUAUCGGCUGGCUGUGCUCAAAGAUCAAGAACAUCCGCAUCAUUCUCCUCAGUUUAUGCUGUCUGCCAGUGAUAGCAGGUUUCGCUAUGAUCUGGAAGUCAACUUGGGGUGCUAAGCCCGUGACGCCUGUUGCAGGUUACUCGCUCCUCGGUUUCUUUGGUCCCGUCGUUGGCCUCACCAUCUCUCUCGGAUCUGCGAAUGUUGCCGGACACACGAAGAGAAGUUUCAAUGCCGCUGCGGUCUUCAUCGCCUAUUGUGUCGGUAACAUUAUUGGGCCACGGUUGAUUCGGAGUCAGACGAAGGCGCAGCACUAUCCGGAACUAUGGACGGGAUUGAUCAUUUGUUACUGCAUAGUCAUCCUAACUUCAUCUGUUCUUUACUUCCUGUGGUCGCGGGAGAACAAACGACGGGCGUCUUUGGAUCUGGACGAAGCCGAGCGUGAGAGGCUGGGAUUCAAGGACUUGACUGACAAGGAAAAUCUUAAUUUCCAAUACGUCUACUAG